UAUUAUCCACGGCAGAUUCUUGAUCUUCUCGAAGCCUACUGGGAGCUGGGUAUUCAGGGAUUUGAUGAAUAUUUACAACAAUGUUUCCUUGAGAAUCAUGGAGAGUGGAUUCGCGAUAACUUACUUCUUCUCGAACGAUUUUCAUCCAAACAUGAGGUAUUCCGUGAUAUCCGAAACUUCUGUUAUGACCAACUUUGUCAGAAUUCGGACAUUGAAUUCAUUAUUCAAUGGGCAUUUUCACAAUUCCCAGAUAUUUCUAGAGAAAAUAUCGAAAAUUUGAAGGAGGUGGACGUUGAAAAAUUGCAAGGGGGCAUUGAAAGAUUUGAUUCCUUUAAUCAGAUUCAAGAAGAUAACAUCCGAAGCUUUCUAUGA